AUGGAUCGCUUUUCGGCGUUUUUUCUAUUAUUGAUGUUUGUUUUAGCAAUGUCUCUGUUCCCGAUGGUCUUAACAAAACGACAGUGUCCGAAAGCUUGCAGAACAUAUAUAUCCAGUGAAGUUGAAGUGAAAGUCAGCAAAGCAUUGCGGGUAAAUAGUGAAUCUCUUUUUCUGCUCCUAACUUUUAUUCGUUAAUUUUAUAACGUUUAUGAUUUUUCUUUUAAUUAGAGCGCGUUCAUUGUUUUUGUUGAUCGGCGGAUGAUAAAUGUUUAAGAGUUAAUGCGUUACUAUGAGUACUGUUAAGUUCAUUACAUAAUUAUAAAGUCUUUAUGUAGGUAGUUUCAUGAGGUAUGUACGUUGAAAAAUUAUUCUUGUUAUCGAAAGAUGCCCUUACAAGGAUAAGUGACUUCUUUCGUCAUUUUAGUUGAUAAACAACUUUCCCCAAGGAUUUCUGCCUGACUGCUUACUUCUUGCUUGCUUUGUGUAAGAAAUACUCUCGCAUUGUACUCUUUCUCUCUCUCUCGGCUCUCGCCUUUCAGAUUUGUUAGACAAAAUCAUUAACUCCUCUAGCGAAAAUUCGCACAUUUUCAAGUAGGAGGUUAUUGCAUGUCUGUUUAUUCAAUGUAUUUAUUUAAGUCGCUCGUUUUUGAUGGGUCCUGCUCGAUCGCAUGCAAAUUGCAGGUUAUGAAAUCACAGAAUUAAACAUUGUUAAGACAACCAUUGUCACCAAGCACUGAUAAGAAAUGUCAGCAAGAUCUGAUGAAAAUUGCCAAGAGAAAGAGAGAGAGAGGAAGAACGCUUGUCUACAAGACAUGUCCUACUUCCCUCUAUAACCAAAACAUUGAAGACCCAAUCACAGAGGGGAGAGAGUAAACUCUUGCCAUUUUCGUUAGAUUGCAAAAACAGACAACUUGGAUGCCAUCCCAGAGAAUAAUAGUGGUUUUCUAGAAAUUCUAGUCGUGUCCCUAUUCAAAACUGCUAACCGCAGAGAAAUCGUAGUCACUACGUUGAAACACAAGAGGGGAAUGAGUAUGUUUAUUACACAGACGAUAUCUGUGAGACGCAUUUGCGAAAGAUUUGCGGGUAUCUUUUUAAUCCCCCGAUCUUUAAUUUUACCAAGCAAUAACUGAAGUCAUACCCCCUGUGACAGCAGUUGUGCCCGGAGGCUGUUGUUUUUGUUCACAUCUUAUUUUGCUUCCCUUUACAGUUUCCAUCUUAUUAACUAUAUUCCGCCUCCCUUACGCUCGCGGUGUCCUCGUGACGUUAAUAUUAUCAAAACAAGAAUAAAAGAACAAAGACAUUAAUUUUCUUGGCGGAAGACCUGUCAAAAUUUCCGUUUCAACUGCAGAGACAUGCUUUAGUGAGCAAGCUAAAGGAACGGUGCUAAAGCACUAAAUUUAUUUCCUCAAACGUUAAUCAGGGCAAUUUUGGCUUAUGGCUAUUCCUUGAUAGGCCCGCGGAACUCAUAUGGUCGCUAUAUUGCGGGCAAUGCUUUAAAUAGCAAAUGCAGAAAAGUUGUAAACAAGCCGGCAAUAUAUUUAUCAGAGCAGAGUUGAGUAUUUGACAUUAUUAAUUAGCUCUUUAAGCAUUGUUGAUAGUGCUCACAAAACUUUAUCUUCUGUCAGGGUGUGGCCAUUCCACGCCUGUUCAUUCAUAUGCAAGAGUCAGUUUAAGCAACUUGAACAUAUUUCCUUUUUUGGCUGAGCCUUGAAAAGUAUACAAAUCGUUCGUGACCUAGCCUAAUUUCUAAGGUGAAACCUAAUUUGAAAUUCGGAGAAAACACCAAGAAACCGUAACAGUUCAAUUAAAUGUGUCGCUUUUAUCUCGCUUUACGUGGAAAAACUUACGUAUUACAGCCAACAUCUGCGUUGAUUUUAUUUACCCAGAAAAACUUCGUCAAGUGACAAGAAUAACAAAAAGCUAGGAUGGAAGGGCCAGGGUGAUUGGAUACACUUUUCAGUUUUUUUACGCAAGAGCAUAGUAGAACCGGGUAGCAGUACAGUGGUAAAACUCUCAGAUUAACUUGGAUUUUUCUAACUUUUGAUUCAAACCAAGACAAUAAGUCGAAAGUGGUAAUAUUAAGACAAAGUCCCCCUUGCUCUCUUGACUUAAAACUUACCGUUUGACCAUUUGUUUAGAGUGCUUGCAAACUGGUCAUGGUAGCCGGUUUAGGUUGAGUCUCUGAACAUGAACAUCUCUAAAUUUGAAAUUGUUGAGCUACCGUGAGAUGAAAUGCAUUUGGGAUGCAUGAAAUGAAUCGUAAGCGAGAACGACAUCGAGCAAAAUGAAAUUUAAAAACAGGAAAAUGAGAUUUGUAUUCGCCUUGUUUUUAAGCCUAAAGGCAAUCUUAAGAGCAUGAUUAUAACAAUUGACGCCAUUGUCUGUUCUUCAAUUUCUAUUUCAGAGCAAUAGUAAAGGAAUCCGUGGACCAAGAGGCAAGAGGGUGAGGUUUUAAUUAAAGCAUAUUAUGCCGAAGUUUCGUUGGUUACUUUACAGCAACCCUAGUAACUCCCACUUGGCUGAAUUCGAAAAGUACGGGUGGCUUCCAAUACAUGCAUUAAUGUUGGCCUGGGGCGUGCUAACCGCGUUAAUGCCAAGGUUAAGCACUGUUAAUGUAGCCAUGGCAUCCUGAAUGACAAUUUCAUGCAAGCGUUAUUUUAUAUAAGUUCUGUUAAUUUGUUUCAAGGUUGAUAGAACCUCGGUUCAAGCAUGAUAAGAAAAGGUCAUGUAAAACGUGAAAUAUCGAGCGCUGCGUGCCUCUUAGACAAACUCAAUAGAACAUGAAAAACUUACUGACUUCAUAACUUUUUGCAAAGUUUAGACUUUUAAUAGUUUAUCAAGACACAUAACGCUCUAACAAUCCGCUAUGGGUAAAUGUCUUGACAAAAACAUAAGAACUUCACUAAGAGAUGCCUAUAAAAUUUUAAAAAAUUAAACUUCAUUGACUUUUAAUAAUUGUUUUUUGCUUUCAUUGUCAGGGAAUACCGGGACCAAUUGGCCCUCAGGUAACCGAAUAAUCAUCAUUCAUUGCUCGACACUAACCUACUUGCAAACAUUAAGAAGAAACACUCUAACUAUUGCAAAAGCUAUAACUAAAGGCUUGAGAGUAAUGCUAGCGAAUUUAAAAGAAAAGCUCCCAAGUACAGACUUCUGUUUCAUGCCUUGUAUUUAAAUGUGUUGCACUGGUGUACAUGGCGACCCUAAAGCCAAGAGUUCAAUGAUGUUUCCGUUCAUCUUAUCGACUGUUGAACAAGAAUCACGAUUUUAGUAUACUUUUCAGACUAUUCUCGUUUCCAAUACAUUCUCGUUUGAUAUCUGUGGCAGAUAAGAGUCGUAUGUCAUGGGUAGGCAGGUAGACAGUGUGAUAAUGACUAAUGUAUCAACUCUUUUCUUUAUAGGGUUUGUCAGGUCCCCGUGGGGAGCAGGGUCCGGUUGGUCCUCCAGGACCAAGAGUAAGUAUAUCGUCUUGAAUGAAAAUGUCUCUGUUUGUUUGUUUUUAUUUUUUAACUAUGGCAACACCAGGUGGAGUGGGGGAGGUUAUUUUUAAGGGUUUGUGAAACUCGUCUUUCAAUUCCUCAAUUAGUUCUUACAGCCAAAAAAAAUUGCACUCAGAAAUGGUACUUAAAUUAAGAUUUGAGCGUAAUCCAUUGUUAUUAGGAUUUACCGUUUCUUCAGUUUGCAAUGGGUAGUUUAUGUCUAAGAGUUUGUACACGAUAUUGAUUGACAGUCUGUUCUGAUUUUCGUCCUAGGGUGAACCCGGCCCAGCCUUAUCCCUUCCUAAAUGUGAGCCAGGAGAAUACCUCACUUCUGACGGAAAGAAAUUAAUAUGUGUUAAAUUUGGUAAGUUAUAUAUAAUCUUUUUUCGUACUUCAAUCCUGCUAUAGUAAUGGUGACAUAGGUUGUUAUAUUGUCAAUAGUAGUUCUUUAAUUGCUUUGAAUCAAAAAUACAGUGAAUCGGUUUUAUUACACGUAACCCGACUUGACGUAAAUAAGCCCUAAUUACUGUACCCCAAGUUUUCCGUGCCACUUCAGUGGAGUCAAUACUAUAUAAGCCUAAUUUUGUAUCGGCUCAGUGACGUUAAGUGAACAAUUUCGCAUAAAAAACUUCAAUUUAUUUCUGUUUGUUCGGAUGUGUUAAUUUUAACAUGCACUGUUUUUACAUCAGGGGGGUCAACGUACGGGUUCCUGUUCACACUUAACAACGUUCAAGUAUCAUGUUUUAAGACGCUCUAAGGGCCCACUUGGCCUAUUCCUUCUUUUCUUUACAAGCACAAUGUACAAGAUACAUAAUAGGUUUAAUGUGCAUGUGUAAAAAAUAAAAAAGUAAUCAAUGAGGACAAAUUACAUGGUGCGCCGUAGUAAUUCUUGAGUGGAAGAAUGCUUUUCAAUUGGCCAUUCUGGGUUAUUUUAGAUACUUCAAGUAACCCACACACGGAUUCAGUGGGCAUCGGUGAUUGACGACUUCUUAGUUUUACAACUAGAGAAUUCUGAUUAAUCCCGGCCUAUCAAUUAGCCUGCAUUUAAUGCUUGACUAUAAUCUUAAUUAGUAUCUUUCCGCCCCCAUUAGCCCUAUUUCAAUGUGAGUGGUCAAACAUUAAAAGAGAUCGGAACUUACGUAGUUCUUUGAAGAUUCUUAACUGCAUUUUUAAUAUCUCUUGUUAGCAAAUGAUAAAACCAGUAAACUUGAGGAAAACUAAAAUAUGUAAUAUGUCCCUUUUAAAAUUAUCCUUUUUUCCAGGCAAAGAAGUCUGCAAUGCUGUAUCAACAUGUGAAGGUACUUUCUUGUAGAUCAUUACAGUGCAUAUCUUUGAACAGCAAACAAUAUUAAGUGUUUUCUUUGUUCCGGAUGAUCAUAACGUAACUAAGUCUUCAUUUAUUUUUUACUAAUUGACACUAAUUAGGAUUUAUGAUAGUAACAUGAUGGGGCAAAUUGUGACGCAUUUUAUACGUUACUUCGUAGGUCGUCCAGCGCCGCCAACGCCCAAAGUAGUCACAAGUAAGAGGAAGUUUCUUGUGUAAUCACUAAAAAUACAAGUAUCUGACACGCAGAUACAUGCACUGACGUUAUAUUUGCGUAAGAUUACUGAAGUAAAAAUACGGUUAACUUCUGGGCUUUUGUUAAUGGUUAAAAGGUUCAUAAAAGCUCAUCUACUCUAAAUAGCAACGUACGUACGAUAACCCAUUACACAUCUGAGGUCUUAAUUUUGAAAACAAUUGACAAGUCUCGAUUUUUAUGCUUUAUAUUAAAACUUAUUUCAACUAGAUUGAAAGGUACGAGGAUUAAGAUCAUAAAUUCCCUUUUUAGAUAUUAACUAGCUAGACAGAAGUGCAGUCUUUUUUUUUUAGUCCUUUAAGAGCUGGUAAUAGAAACGAAGGCAAUGCUCCUCCUUAUUUUUCCUGAUUUGCAGUGUGUUUGUUUCUAGACUUUCAUAGUUUUUCCAGAAAACAAUUAUCGCUUUGUAAACACUGUAAAUUCUUGGUUUUUUGGUCGAAUGAGUUUUCUUGCUGAAGUUUCUAGGAGCAUACAAUCGACGAUAAUUGUCAACACUUCACUGAGUCAAUUAAAAAACUUAAGAUUGCGGUAACAUAAUGAACGCUUUUUAACCUUUCUUCCAGGGCUAAUUUUGUUUUCUUACCAGCCCAAGAAUAUUCUAGCUUACUUUUUUGCCAAGAUAGAAAACCAGAACUUACUUAGUCUUGCUUUAACCACCCACGCCUUAACUGCGAACGGCGCAAACAUAAUGUUUGUACAUAAAAAUAAAGACAUGUUUUUUUGCGUUCAAGUUUCUUGAUUUUCAAACAAAGUUAAUGCUUCUCACAAUCACCUCACUGAUUUUUUUUUUAAAAAAACUGGGUGGACAAUAGCGACCUUUGUCUGUUUAUAAUCUGUAUAUGUAUGUGUAUUUUGAAACAAUGACUGACGCCUUUGUUUUGCCCUUUGCAGCAACAACACCCACCACGCUUCCAGUGAAAGGUAAAUGCCUGGGACCGAUGUAUUUUAAGAUACCAUCAUCUAAACGAGCAUUUUGAUGGUGGCAGUAGCCUGAGAUCAUGCCCCCUCCCUAUUAUCCCUUUAAGUCUCUCUCGAGUCAAAGAAACAAAGGAGCAAAAAAAAAACGCCUGAUCUCAGGUUCGGGUGGCAGCGGCUGAGGCAUCCUUGUAGCCAAGCAGUUAGAGCCCUGGACUUGUAAUCCGGAUCUUCGGCUCGGGGCCCGAUUUCAAGUCCCAUCCUGACGGCUAGCUGGAGUUGUUCUCGGUAGUCCUCAGCUCAAAUCUUUGGUCACGCUUGUGAAUGGUUCCGAUCGUCUCCUACCACUUGGGGCUCUUAGCCUCGUUAUUUUCCGUUUAAAGUCAAACCUCUUUAAUACGGACACCAAAGAGACAGAACCAAGUGUCCGCUUUACAGAGGUAUCCGUAUUAUAGAGGUAGAAAAUCUAUGAUUUUUGGCAUUUCUGGGACCAAACGAAUUGUCCGUAAUAGAGAGGCGUCCAUAUUAUAGAGGUUUCCGUAAGGAGAGGUUAGACUGUAAUUCUUUUUGUUCCUUUAUCGAUAAAGAGCCUCAUAGGGCCGGGAAAGGAUAAUCAAGUACUUAUUAAAUAUUACUAUUAUCAUCUCAUUUCUCAGUACUCAUACAAAUAUAAUUGAUGGUUGCCAUAACAACAGACAAUAUAUUAAAUAGUUUGAUGAAAGUGCGAUAUUUUUUAAAACAUUUCAAAGUUUCUUGUGGAAGUACAACAUGAUAGCCACACCCACACAAUGGCUUUGGUUGAUUUUAUAAAUACAGUCAAACCUCUUUACUACGGACACCAAAGGGACAGAACCAAGUGUCCGCUUUACAGAGGUGUCCGUAUUAUAGAGGUAGAAAAUCUAUGAUUUUUGGCAUUUCUGGGACCAAACGAACUUUCCGUAAUAGAGAGGUGUCCAUAUUACAGAGGUUUCCGUAAGGAGAGGUUAGACUGUAUAGAGGGAAACAGAGAGAGAUCGACACCACCAGCUUUCAUUCAAAUUCGUUUUUUAGUAUCACCAAUUACCUUUUUUCUGUUUCAAAUAGAAUACGUAAACAUGACACAGUUCAUGAAGAAAUACAUGAUUCAAACACUGUACAUGGACGCUUGGGACCUGGGUACGUUUUACAUUGGAGACCAGCUUUUCCUUGGAGUGUCGCAGUUGGGAGGAAAGAGCUUUGUUAUCUACAAAUGGGACAGCGGGAACAGGUAUACAAAGGAUUUAAAACAUUUUCUUUGCUUCAAGUGCUGACCUUCUUACAGUAAUUUUAGCCGAAAUCUCGAGAGCUGAAAGGAUCACUACCUAAGUCUAGCCUGCUUAACGGGCGUUAUUUUUUCGCGUUUUUCAGGCUAGCGAAGUUAAGCGCGAAACGAGCGAAGAGCGCCAGACAGACACGCCUAUCUCGCGCGUGUCUGGCGCUCUGAAAAACGCAAAAAAAUUACGCCUGUUAUGCAGGCUAACCUAAAUCUUUUUUUCUUUUAAACUUAUGUUAGUCGUUAAGUUAAACUAUACUGAGGGCAUUUUCGGUCCAGCUAUAAAUCCUUCACGAAAUCUUCUCAUCUUUACAAUUUUUAGUGGCUUUAUUAAUCUCGGCUUAAACCUUGCUUAAGGAGGACACUUAGCAGUUUUGACAAUGGCAACUUGAUUCGAUCUUCGUUGUAACAGUCGAAUUACUUACGGAAUAAACUUGACCUUAAACGUUCAAACUUAAUAAUUAUCUCAGUGUUUAGGCUGUGUCAAUUUCAUGUGCCACAUUUUGUGUUCAUUACUGUUUGUAUUACACUCAACAUAUACAUAAAGUGAAAAGAAAUGUCCUUUCUUAUAUUCAGCGACAAAUCGUCGGAUCAGGACCCCAGUUACAGCCCGUGAGUGUUCAUCCAUACUUUUAAUAAAGCACCUAAUUCCACGUAAUAAUGCACCCAGGCACAUGCACAAUCCCAGAACUAACCGCUCUCGUCACACAUGGGGAUCAUCGUUCUUCAUCUUUGUUGCACUGGUGAUGGUCUUGCAUUGUAAGCAGUAAUGUUGCAUGUUCUUAAAGUAAUCUAUGUUCUGCUGCUCUGAGUUUAUCUUAAAUCUCGUUUACUCCGCGCCAUAAGAGAAGCUGCGUGCUGAGCCUUGACUUUGUUGUCUAGGAGUUUUAAAUGUGCUCUCGUUUUUGUUAUGUUUGUGACGGAAGUUAUUCCGCUUACCUUAAAAGUGAAUGAACAAGGGAUAUAGUGCUGCUAUCGAUUAAAGGUGAACAAUUUCAAGUUGGCUGUUCUUUAGGCAGCGACUCUUUCGCAUUUCCUUAUCUCUAAUCUCUGCCGGUGUAAAAUCUACACUAUGCUUCUAGUUUCUGUUCUAUAAAUCAUCAUAAAUAAAAUGGUUUUAUUAGCGGUGAUAGAGUGAAAGAUGUAAUGUUUUGUACAUUAACUAAAUUGACAACGAAUAUUGGCCGCCGUUCAUGAUAAAGUCGAAUCCCUCAGGCGUGAUUCGCCGAAGCUAAGCCCGGCUACCAUCGUCGUCUCUUCAAUCCCUUAUUGGCAAUAAUUUUGAUAGACAAAACACACGGAUUCAGACCUCCAGUUUUACGGCAACAGUCGGUAGUGUUAUAAAAAUGAGAAAGAGAUGAAACUUGCAAGAAUUAAUAAGAACUUUAAGAUGUUACUGACGCGCACCACCCGGUCCCAUCCUCAGUUAUAACAGCAAUGCAGGCUCUAUUUACGUUUUGCUAAGUAAGUGAAUUUUCGAAAGGCCAGGCGAAACGUUGUCAGAUGAUUAUACUAUUACAGUAGCUACAAGACAUCCUCUUGCCCUACUGUAUUUCAGCUUAUAUGUACUACUUUCGUUUUAUGAUGUCCUUCAGUGACUACUCAUGCAUGUACGUGUUGAGGACACCAGCGCUUGAGAUCCUUUUGUUUGUUCGGAGUAAUAUUUUUAGACCUUUUUGUAAUACUUGUGGUAAGAGUUUUACUAAUUUAUAUUGUGUGUAACAAUCUCAUUCCCAUAAUUCUGAAUCACAUGUAUUUAAGAUGCCUAAGAUUAAAUUGAACAAUAAUCAUUUAAACUUUUUUAAGCGUCGAUGUAGAGCUGAAUGUAGUCUAAAAAUUCUUUCUAAAUUCUUCAUGAUGGCCGAAUCUAAAAGUAAAAGUGGUAUAUACUCCCAUGAAGCAUGUAUUUGUGAAAAAAUAAACUUUUUUCAAAUAAAAAUCAGUCAAAGGUAACUGAUCUGGAUACAAUCAAACAAGACCUUGAAUAACGCAGGAUCUCCAGGCUGAGUUUGGAGUAAACUCUAGGAGCUCGUUAAAAAAUUUAAAAAAAGACGGUAAAUUAUUAAGAGCUUAUCGAAAGACAGAUCAAUUCCACUGCAUGGAAAAAAUGCUGGUAUACAUUGAGCAAGUUUUCUCUUUUGGUGAAAGAGGUAGCUAUUCUGUACGCUAGUCGAUCUCUCUCAUAGUAACUCCUAUUCUGCGAACUUCCUUGAAAAACGAAUAUCUUUAUCACUGAAUACGUUGUUAUUCUUCAGGCUGAAACUUCGUUAAGGUAGAUCCCUUUUGAAUGUAUCCUGCUCCCUACCAGGUUAAAUCGUUAUUCUUCACAACUUUGCUAUAAGUGCGCUCUCCUCUAAUUAAUCUGAAGAGCUUAUUGAAUGUAUUUCUGCCGCACUUGUUGUCUUAAUUUUGGAUGUUUUUCUUCUACUUGCAUGCUGGAGCUAGUGUUUUCCGCUCCUAAUUCCCCAUGUUGAGCUCUUAGCUUUGGGCAGCAUGUUAAUCUUUCAGCCGUAGAGUGAAUCAACAUGUGAAUUCUCCUAAAUAUAAAGACGUAGGAAUUACCUCUGCUUUAUUCUCGUGCUCUCUUACAUCAUUUUAAGGAGAAAUUGAAUGUUGAUCGUUAGCACUAGGGCUGAAAGGUUUAAUCUUAAGCACGAUAUCUUAGCAUUAGAUGAGAACACAGCACGUAGGAUAUACGAAGAUAUUUUAAGGAUAUUUAUAGAUAGUUUGGGGGAAAAAAACCCAGAUAAUCCGCAUUUUACUAUAUAAACGUUGUUGACGUUGAAUGCGCAAAUGUGGCGCCGAAAAACAAGUUAAUGAUGUUAAUUUUGGUUCUUCUUAUAUACCAUUAUACUGCCAUUAAAAGGGGUUGUGAGUCAAGUGCUUAUCACAAAAACGUAAAAAAGAAGUUACGAGACCAAACCGUUUUUAUUCUAUUCAUCACUGUGCUUUAAUUUGGGGCAUUUCAUAUCUCUUUAGUAUCUUGUAUCAGGCUCGCGUUGUAUUUUUCACUUCAUCAAAGAAUUUCAGUCAAUUCUGAAAUUUAGAAGUGUUUGGCCUCUUUCUCGGCCGACCACAGUGUUCUGAGUUGAGGCCUGAUGUCAUAAGUAAACGAACCUCCGAUCAUUAGGGCCAUAAAUGUUAGCGGCUUUGUAAAAUCUUUUUUUUUUUUCUUUAUUUUUUCUCUUUCCAGAUUCCGUAGUUUUCAAGUACUCAAAGUACCAUUUGCAAGAAAAUGGCGGCAGUUCACCAUCGGAAAAGACGUAUAUUUUGCCGUGGCGAGCAACUCUCGUUCGCACGACUCACCCGUAUUCAAAUGGAACGGAAACUUAUUUACUCCAUUCCAAACGCUGUCCACAGUGAAGGCGUUCGAUGUUGAGCCAUUUAAAAUUGGCCAAGACACGUAUCUUGCUGUGGCUAUUUACUAUGGGCGUGGUUCGCACAUCUUUAAGUGGGAUGGAGAGAGGUUUGUGAAACUCCAGGAUAUCGCAGCCGUUGGAGCGGAUGUAGAACAUUUCAAAAUUAAUGGAUCAACGUAUUUGGCAUUAACAGGUACACUGUCUGACAUUUUUUAGCAAUUAUUGAAGGUUAGGAAUCAAGUGUGUCUUUACUAACGUCACUCCUCCAUUCAAUGUCGAAUUUAAUUUAAUUGAUCUCAAAGAUGAUUUUUAGACUCCUGUUUUCUUUUAACUUUUUAAUUACAAACUCAUAUUCUUCCAUAAGCACUCAUGUCUUAUCAAAUUCAAAUCAAGAGUUUAUGCGAUCUGGGCAAAAGAAAAAUUACAUGAUCGAUGAAAAUAAAGGAUACACACUGUGACAAUUAUAAAACGAAUCAAUUCAAAAUUGGAAAGGACCACUCCAAGGCUCCGACCCUGUUGAAGAAGAGUUCUACUACAGCUUUGCCGUCUUUCAUGGUCUUUGAUGUUCGCUGUUUUAGCCAUGCAUAUUAUGUCUUUGUUCCACACUAAGACCUUAGCUUGUAGUGGCUUCCAUUUAUUUUAUCUUUGCUUUUUUCCAGGUCCCUUCUCCCGCGGCGAGUAUACAUACAUCUACAAGUGGUCUGGUACGAGGUUUGAACUAUUUUACAGGUUACCCACGGAAGAGCGUGCGUAUGGCGUCAAAGCUCUAUCAGUUGAUGGAAGUUCAUUCUUAGCUGUAGCUCGCUGGAGGGCAGAUAGUUCACUUAUUUUCCGCUGGAAUGGAACGCAAUUUGAGCUCUUCCAGGAAGUGCCCUCGAGAAAGGUAAGCUGUCUGUUUAGGAUGUACUGCAUUAAAAAACUAGUACAUGCAGUUUUAAAGAGACAUCCGAUAUUGACUCGAUAUUGUCUUGAGAUUGUCAUAUAUCUAACAGACCUAUUUUCCUUACGCGCAAAUGAACGAAUUCCUAAGGGCUGGUGAAAAAUGAACCAGUGAUGGAUUCGUAGAAACGAAGUAUUCGGAUGGACGCAGAUGGAUCAGAAGAUUUUCGGUUUUUUGCUCUAGUUAUAGCACUGCUAACGAACUUCACUUGUCCACCGUCUCCUUUCCAAACCGCUAUAAUGAGACGGUCCACUUAGAAUUCCCCUUUGCAAAAUUUCAACGCAAAAAAAGGAAAACAUGCACGGCAUACAACAUUGUAGGUGAAAUCACACUUCAUCGCUUUCUUCUAAAAUAACCUUUAGGCAUAAUAAGUAAAUCUUAACUCCCAAUUGGCGUCAUGUUGGUGUCCUUAGGCCUUUUCCGAGUUCCAAACUCCUCACUUUCAAAACGAGUUUAAGGGUAAAACCUUUCUUGUGUAAAUGAGUUUUAUUUGCAUGAAAAUAAAAGAUUAUUUUCAUAUCAAUAGCUUCGCACUUAACCUCUCUUUGAGACAGAGCCUUUGUGUAACUUAGCUGUUAGCCACGUGGGGGAAGCGCUCUAUAAAUCUUACAGUGCUUAUGACAUAGCCUGCGUGGCAGGCGCAAAAAGGGGAGGGGGAGGGGGAGGGGGAAGGGAGAAAGGGAAAAGGGAAGGGAGCGCCUGCUCUAAGAGCCUAUGUUUUUGUAUAACGCCUACCAAUUUUCUAGUAAUCCGGUUACGCUUACUGUCAAUCAAGUGUCGCUACACUCGCCAUUGCAGAAAAACAUUAUACUCACGGACUAAAGAAAUUCGCUUAGUUAUUCAGAUCCAGAAGACACUUUGGAGAAAAUUGGAACCCUUAUUCUGCCGUAAUAAAAAAAGCUUUACGCUUCAAAAGAGGUCAAAGAAAUUACGCUUGCAUCAGAAGGCAAAUCCUGCCGACCAGAAAACAAUAACUACAGUCAAUCGAUAUGUAUGUCAUGACCUCUCAGUGUGAAACAUGCGGCUAAAAUAACAUUUGCUCAGUAUAAGUGCAGAACCUUCCAGAGCAUAAUCUACCCAGCAGAUAAAAACAACCUUAUUGUAAUAAGCAGCAUUUUGGCAUGAGGUAAAACCACCCUCUUUUAUUGCUAAGUUACAUCGGCGAAUGUCAUCGUUCGAUAAAUUGUUGGCUAAAUCUUUCGCUGGGUAGCCCCACAAUUCCAUCUCCUGCAACUCUUCGAUAAUACUUUUCAGUGGCGAAAUGACGAGAAUCGCCGCAUUACCAUUUAGCUCGUAGUUCUUCGCGCGUACAAACAUUUGGAGCCCUUACUGCUGAUUCUUGCUCUGGUUUUAAAACAGUUUCUCUACUACUAGAUAAAUUCACAUCUCUCAAAGCACUCUCUACGACAUCCACGUCUACCUCUGCCAUCUCGACUGUUUGUUGAUUUGUGAAACGCGCAUUUCAAUAUGUUACUCAUUACGGCUCAGCCAAUCAGGAAUUUGCGGACGCCAGCGUCCGCAGAUAUGAACAAAAGGGGGUUCUUAGAGCAGGCGUCCCCUCCCCCUCUCCUCAAUCCCCCUCUCCUUUUUCCCUUCCUCCCUAUCCCCUACCCCCUACCCCUUUCGACGCCUGCUACGCAGGCUAUUAUGACACAAAAUUGUAAUCACGUGAUUCUCUUUUACAGGCACGUGAUUGGAUUACUAUCACCUCACCGUUCAUGUCAAGUGAGAAAACCUACUUAGCAAUCGUCAGCAGUGACCGCAGUCCGAGUAUAUAUGCUUGGGACAGAUAUCACGCGAAAAAGUUUGCCAAGGUACAAGAUAUCCCAUCGGAAAGAACGAGAGAUAUGGUAUUUUUCAACAUGGGGGAGACUGUUUAUUUGGCUGUAGCGUCGCAUCGUAGUACGGACAUUUACCAGGGUUCAUAGUAUUGAAUAAGAGAGUUACAUCUUUCACAUUGGGACUGUGAAGAAACUCUAGACUUUGGAAUCUUUUCCAAGUCAGAUACCCGCUGUUCGCGAUUGAACCAAAGUGAGAGAAUUCAAUUAUCAGAAGUUGUAACUAUUGUUGUGGCAUCUGAUUGAUGGGAGAUUUCCGUGAAUCCUGUCAAGUCAUUGCCUGGUUAGAUUUCACUAUAGUUUCACUGAAGAAAUCUGAUUGGCUAAAUUGCAAACUACUGAGACAUUUUACUUAAGUAUUUUAUAUGAACAGUACUCCGAUUUCACGUUUAGUACUUAAGAAUUAAUUAUGCUGGAUGAGGAAUACAAUUACUUAUUACAUAAAUUAUUAUAUAUCAACAUGUAACGAAAUCCCAAUAUAACGAGUCCCUUUCCCAGGAAGAAUACUCCGCAUUUCAGGUGACGGAGAUUUUCGAGGGA